AUGACGAGGGAUUCCAAGCUGAUAGAGUACAAGGAUCUGAUAACAAAUCUGAUAAAGGGGUUUGAAGAGAUUACUUUUACUUAUCUCCCACGAGAAGAAAAUCAUAUGGUAGAUGCUUUAGCCACGUUGGCUUCAAUGCUCAAAGUAAAUGAUCAAGCUCGAAUGAUGCCCAUCCGAAUGAUUAUGACUCAUUGUUGUAAUAUCGAGGAAGAGGAGAAUGAUGAUCUCUCAUGGUAUUACAACAUUCUUCAGUAUGUAAAGUAUCAAACUUACUCUACAGAAACUAUUGAAAAUGACAAGCAAACUCUGAGAAGAUUGGAUAUAGGGUAUGUUCUCGAUAGGGAUAUCCUACACAAAAAAGGAAGAGAUCAAGUACUUUUGAGAUAUGUGGACAAAAUCGAGACUAAGAAAACACUGGAGGAGGUUCAUUAUGGGAUUUAUGGAACGUACGCAAAUGACUUCACAAUAGCCUAA